UAGAAUGCACCACACGUAUUCGGCCGCCGCUGCCUGUUGCUCCGUGGUUACCGUGUAAACAAUCCGAAACCGAUUCUCCGUCCGCGUACGCUUGAAACAUGAACGAACGCACGUAACGCGAUUGGUUUUUACAUCCGUUCCGUAACUGUAUUAAAAAUAUCACCGGGUUCGCAAACGGUAUUGCGUCGAGAAAAAUCAGAUACGAAAAUAUCGAAAAAAAAAAAAAAAAAAUUCUCUCUCCAAGCGGUGUGUGCACGAGUGCGCGUGGUUCGCGGUCCGUCGUCUUCCAGCGAUUUUCGUACGUCCGGAUCCCCGUUGGCCCGUCACGAAAACGGAUAAAAUCGAGAGCCCAGGUAAGCCCAGACGACAAUAUGCGGAUCGAAGCGGGUGGUCGUGUAGGCAGCGGAGACGCGGUCCAGUGAGAUAGCUAAGUACGCAGUUCGUUAGCUAAAGUUGUCUGCCGAGGGACGGACGAAGCGACGUAGCGACAGCGAUAACCUAUUGCGGCGGACAGCGAUAUAGCCUCAGAACUCCGCGUAGCGUUCGGUCCGCAGCGUCCGCACAUGUCGUCCGCGGUGGACGGGCAACAGCAACGACAGCCGUUGUCGCCGCCAAUGGCCACCGUGCUGGUGCACCAGUGCAAAGAGGAAUCGCCGGACUUGUCGCCGCCGCCGCAUCCUCAGACCGUGAUGUCGCCGACGGCCGUGCAGGACAUGCCACCGGAGAGCACGUCCCCCGUGAUGCUGGCCACCAUGCAACCGGUGAGCGUGGACGAGUUCCCGACAGCCGAUUACCAUCAUCAUCAUCAACACCACCAGCAACAACAACAGCAGCAGCAGCAACAACAACAACAUCAUCACCAACAACAACAGCAACAGCAACAACAAACACAUCACCAUCAGCAACAGCAUCCUGACGAUCCGUUGGACCAGAAGACAGUGAUCUAUAUAUCGGACACCGAUCCGCAGCAGACCAUCAUCUAUGACCAUCAGAAUCCCAGUGGAUCGUUGCCACCUGGUAUCACAAUCCAACAGGAUCCGGUCAACGGUUCGGCCGUAUCCGUGCUGGUCCAGGGACAGCCGGCGCACCAGUACUUGGAGUCGUCGGGUGGCACCACGGUGCUGGUAAUGCAGGAACUGGUCGACGAUAUGGGACAUAUAUUGCACAGGAGACGACGGGACGGCAGCUGCAGCGAGGACGACGAGGCCGCCGUUGACCACCACCGCCGUGCGGGUGACGACGACCAGCGACAGCACCAGCACCACCACCUCCGGCCACACGAUCACCCUCGGCGCGGCGACGACGACCACGACGGCAUGGCCGAUUCGGAAACGAACGGUGGUGGCGCCGGGGGCGGUGGCGGGGGCGCCGUGGCCGAACAACCUGCCGAGCCUGGCGGCUGGAGACAGUCGUACUACGAGCAUCCGCUGACCGCGGCCACGUCGGCCAUGCUCAACAUAUCGGGCGGCGCCGCCGGCGACGAACAGGGCCAACAGUCGUCCGGUCACGGACAGGGCCAGGGAGGCGCGCCGCUCAGCUUCGUCUACGAGUAUUACAAGUUACCGCAUCUGACCGCGUCCGACGGCGUCAAGGACAAGCAGCUUGCCGACAUAUGGCCAACGACGUCUUCACCUAACGGCUCGUUGUUACCUUCGCAACUGAAAUCAUCGUCCAACGGACUUAUCGGCACUGGUCCCGGGGGCUUGGAGAUCGGCGCUGGACAGCUAAACGACCUGCAAGGACUGUUCCUGCAUCAGCAGCCGCUGAAGCGCGAACCCGAGGACCUGAGCCAUCAUCGCGGCGGGCCGAACAAAGGUGGCAAUGCGGACGGGCUGAAGACCAUCGGAGGACGGCCCAAAGUCGUGUUGGUCGCGCCCGGUAACAGCGGCCAGCAGCAGCAGGACCAGCAACAACUGGUCGUGGACGUUGUCAACAACAACAACAACAGUCAGCAGACCAACAACAACAACAACAACAACAAUAGCGUGAAAGAGGAGUACGUGAGCGGGCAUCAUUCGCCGCAGCAUAACAGCCGGUCGAUAAACGGCACGCCGUCGUCCACAUCGUCACUCAUCACCGAGAUGAACCCGCCGCCGCCGGCCAUCGAACUGAUCGCCACGCAGGACGGCCUCAAGCCCAUGUACGGCACGCACAUAUUCACCACCAUGUCCGGCGGACAGCACGGGGACGGCGGUGCGCCGUCGACCAACGCGUACGAGCACCAGCAGUACACCACGUCGUCCGUCCUUACCGGUGGCGGUGGUGCCGGCAACCCUGGCGGCAACUACAUCACCACGUCCGCGGGCCGCGCGCCCUUCGCCGACCCUUACGCGUACCGCGAGUACUUCGGCGGCGCCGGUGCGGCCGCCGAGCCCGGCCCUUAUGGCGCGCAGAUCGGCGGCGGCCGGCAGACCGCUUCGUACGGCGGCGACGCGUCCGAUCCCGGCGCCGUGUCCAACGCCGCGGCCACCGCGUCGUUCGUCGAGCGCUACGUCCGACAGAGCUCGUACCACAACAAGGGCGUGAUCGCCGCGGCCGGGCUCACCGUCGACCUGCCGUCUCCCGACAGCGGCAUCGGUGCCGAUGCCAUCACGCCCCGGGACCAGAACGCCAUCCAACAGUCUUUCGACUACAACGAGAUGUGCCAAACACCAGGUAUGUUGAACGAACACCAAACACAAAGGACACCUACCGGAGGACGGUCGAGACCGUGGCACGAUUUUGGUAGGCAAAACGACGCCGACAAAAUACAAAUACCUAAAGUGUUUUCCAAUUACGGGUUCCGCUAUUAUUUGGAAUCGCCGAUCUCCACGAACCAGAGGCGCGAAGACGAUCGGGUGACGUACAUCAACAAAGGCCAAUUCUACGGCAUAACAAUGGAGUACAUACCGGAUCCGGACAAACCGUUGACCAGUCAAACAGUCAAGAGUGUAGUCAUGCUGAUGUUCAGAGAGGAAAAAAGUCCCGACGACGAAAUCAAAGCGUGGCAGUUUUGGCACGGCAGACAGCACAGUGUCAAACAGCGAAUACUCGAUGCCGACACGAAAAAUAGUGCUGGUCUGGUGGGAUGCAUCGAAGAAGUAUCACACAAUGCCAUCGCCAUUUAUUGGAACCCUAUGGAGAGUCCGGCUAAAAUCAACGUUGCCGUGCAAUGUCUGAGUACGGAUUUCAGCAGCCAAAAAGGCGUAAAGGGAUUGCCGCUGCACCUGCAAAUCGACACCUACGAAGAGCCGAGAGACGGACCUGUAUAUCACAGGGGAUAUUGUCAAAUCAAAGUUUUCUGUGAUAAGGGAGCCGAAAGAAAGACCAGAGAUGAGGAGCGGAGAGCGGCAAAACGAAAAAUGACGGCUACGGGACGCAAGAAGAUUGACGAACUCUAUCAUCCGCCGUGCGAACGGUCCGAAUUCUAUUCGAUGAGCGACCUCAAUAAGCCGCCUGUGCUUUUCUCGCCCGCCGAAGACAUCGACAAGCUGACGUCGAUGGAGCUCCAAGGAUUCUACGGACACGACACGGACACGUCCAGCUUGUCCAACGGCGAACCCGGCUCUCUGAAGCACUCGUCGCCGUUCCUGUUGCACUCCGGCGUGGCCAACAAGCCGGCCGGCACGACCACCACGCAAACGCUGAAGUUCCACAACCACUUCCCGCCGGACACGCACAACGUGUCUUAUUACAACAGCGAGAAGAAAGAAGUGUUGGACCAGAGCGGACUGACCACGGACGGCACGGUGUUCUCGAGUCCGCCCAACAAAAGGACGAAACUGGUGCCGCCCAUCAACGAGCGGGUGAUGCUGUACGUGCGACAGGACGCCGAGGACGUGUACACGCCCCUGCACGUCAUACCGCCGACGACCCAGGGAUUAUUGAAUGCUAUUGAGGCUAAGUACAAAAUUUCUGCUUCCAGCAUUAGUAACAUGUAUCGAAAAAACAAAAAAGGGAUUACAGCCAAAAUUGAUGACGAUAUGCUCAAAUAUUAUUGUAAUGAAGAUUCAUUUGUAUUCGAUGUCAGGCACUCUGAAGAAAAUGAGAACAUGAUUGAUAUCAUACUAAUUGAAUUUAUGGACCAUUAACAUCAAAUUAAAUGUUGUUUGAAAAUAAAAUAGUAAAAAAUCAGUUAAAAAUUCCUAUAAAUUUACCAAGUAACACUCGUUUCUUUAUUCUUAUUGAGGCAUAUUUUGUUUAAGAAAUAUGUGAAUAAUUAUUUAUUCAAAUUGAUAACGAUGAUUUUAUAGUCUUAAAUAAUAGUGAUUAGAUUUAAAUAGAACAAUGUACAUAUUAGAAUAUAUAUAGAUAUAUAUAUAGGCUAUGUUUACUUUUAAUUGCCAUUUGAACAUCCAUGACGUAAUAUUUAUUGUACUUAAGUGUUUGUUUGACAACAUUAUUAGGAGGAUAAAAUUUUUUAAUUUUUGCAC